AUGGUUAGAACUACCCCCAACACAUUCUUAACCUGGAUCCGCUUCUCCCAUUUCCGUCUUGUCGUCCUUCAUUCUAAGAACUUAAAAGAACUAGCCGCUAAUCGUAGCAAUGUGACGAUAGUUAAGCUAGAUGCUUCGGAUAAACAAUCUAUUGAAAAUUUAGUAGCUGUAAUUAAAGAGAAGUUAGGAAUUGGAGCACCUGGAAAACUAUUGCAAGUUACAAAUGAAGAUCUGAUUCGUGUUUAUCAAACUAACGCCUAUCACUUCUUAAUAAUAAAAGCAGGAAAGAAAAAGGGAUUUGCAGCCAUGAUUAAUAUAACGAGCUGGUUAGAAUCAUGCGGGCAAACACCUGUUGGUAAAUUUUACCCGUACGGCCUUUCUAAGGCUGUAAUGAAUAGACUGACGAAAGGAUUAAGUAUCGAUCUGAUCGGUGAUAACGUCAUUGCCAUAAGUAUGAAUCCGGGAUAG